AUGACACAUGCAUUCCUCCAGUCUGAGUUGGCGAGCCUCAUAUCGGACUCGAAACGAAGACACAAUGACGUGCGCACCGCUGCUGAGCAGUCGCUCGCUGACCUCAAAUCGAUCUCGGUGACAUCUGAGACUCAGUUGGCUGGGGACCUCUAUCGCCGGCCACAAUUCAUUGAACCCUUUGUCCUUGCCUGUCGAUCCAAAAAUACCAAGCUAGCAACUACCGGGACCGCCUGUAUUCAGAGGCUGACGGCAAGCAAUGCAAUCCCUCGGACGAGGCUUUCCGACAUUCUAGACGCUUUCCGUGAUGGAGUCGCUGCAGGCUAUGAGCCUCAACUCAAAAUUUUGCAGACCCUCCCUUCCCUGUUGCAGCUCUAUGCUGACGACAUCCACGGAGACCUUCUUGCGACAGUCCUGGAACUAUGUGCAUCUCUUCAAUCCAGUCGGACCGCCGCUGUGAGCAAUACAGCAGCAGCAACCUUCCAACAGCUGGUCUCGGCGGUUUUCGAAAAGGCUGUGCAGACGGGUGAUCGUGGUGGGGAGGAUUUAAAAGCUGCCUGUCUGGAUGACGCAGUCCGGCUCUUCAAUGAUUUUUGUCUGCUGCUCGACCACCAGAAACCCCAAUACCUAAAAGUGGAGAGUCUCCCUACUGGCUUUCUACUUGAAACUCUACAAACGAUCCUGCUAUCUUACGACUCGCUUCUAGUAACUGAAAAACUCAGCGAUCAGAGAUGGCCCGAAAACCUCACGCACGGCCUAUCGCGUAUCUUGGCUAGAAAAGAUGCCUUUGGCAUGACUGCGCGUGCUCUUUCUAUCUUGCUCCUCAUCAUGCAAUCUCGCGCUGAGGAGCUCCGAGAUCAACUGGCACAAAUGGCCCCCCUGCUCAUUGGCGCAUUGGAGAAGGACGGUAACCCACUAUGGAAACGUGCCCUUUUCCUCGAGUUCUUCCGUUCCCUCUGUUCCGAAUUCAACGUCUUCCGGGAAGUUUUUCGCUUGUUUAACAAGGGCAAAGACUCCGUCAAAUUAGUAGGCCAGCUCAUGUCUGCCCUAGUCCGCAUCGCAGCGGAAGAUCCGUCUUUGAUUGGGCUUGGCCGCCAGUCGACCGUCCCCGUUCAGCGGGUAACCGACCCAAAGAGCGAAGAGGCUGCAUCAAUUGAAGCACAGGGCCUGGGUGGUGCUAUCACCUCGGUGACCUCGAGCGAUGCAAGUGUUACUGGUAUAAGCACUGAUUGGAGCGUGGUAACCGUCCGGCUCAUGGAUCAACCCGAGAAGAACAGUCCUCCAACAAUGCCGAGCACGUACAUAUACACUCUAGUCUUGGGUUGUAUCUCGCAUCUAUGUGAUGGCCUGUCAAAGUUCAUUAUGCCACUGAGUGUUCCAAGUCGGGCUUCACAGCGUGAGUCGUCCGAAAUGGGCCGCAGGGACAGCUCUGCCACAGACCGAACAGACGACGAAACAGCACGGAGACCUGUUCGACCAACAUCGUCGUCGCAGAAAUAUCAGCGGCUCAUAAAUCCUCUGACCCUGACGAAUCAUCGACUGUUCCCCCAGAUCCGCACCUCUGCAGAACUUAUCGAGGCCUGCUGGCCUGCUGCGCUUGCCACUUGCUCAACGUUUCUCAAUGCCGCUCUGGACUCGGAGUUCUACCACAUCUUAAUCCGAUCAGUUCAGAAACUAGCUCAGGUUUCCGGUGUGCUCGAACUUUCCACGCCCAGAGAUGCUCUGCUCACGACUUUGGCAAAAUCCUCCAUACCGUCUAAUGCGAGUAGUUUUAUAGCGGCCUCUCAAAGCAUCAAGUCGCCUCGAAUCGCAAGUGCUGAACACGGGAUGCUCAACGACGUGCUGAAGUCCCCAACCGAGGCACCACCAACACCCACAUUCCAGGUUAGCAGCUCCCCGCUCAAUGUCAGGCAUCUGCUUUGUCUUCGAGCAUUGUUGAACUUAGGUAUCGCUCUUGGUCCGACCUUGGAGGAGGAUGCCUGGUUCAUCCUCAUUGAGACCAUGCAGACGGUUGAGGCUUUGAUUGCCAUGCCGAAUGCAAUGACAGCGACCUCGCAAUCAGGAAGUCCAAGAAUCGGGGGCUCUGGGCACGACGGUCAGACCACUCUUUCAACCGAAAUAGCCGCUGUCCAGGCGGCAACCAAGAGGAUGCUCGAAAGCACACGAAGUUUCAGCGUUGAUUCAUUUGCCAUCCUCGUGCACGCCUUAUUCCGCUUGCUGGGGCAGAGUGACGCGGAGAGCGAUUCGCAACCCUCGGAGCAGAGUCUUGCUGCUCCUAUCUCACCCAAUCGCCUGGGUGCUCAAAGGCCGGCACAUCACAUUUCGCGGAGUGUAUCGGGUUUGUGGACAAAGUCAAAAACUCUGGAUCUUGAGAUCGGGUUCGUUCUCAACAAGCUCAGCGACUUGUCGCGCAUCAACAUAUACCGGUUCGCUUCUUCUGCCGAGCAGUCUUGUUCCUGGGAUCUAAUUGCAAACCGUCUACUGCGCGUCUCUCAGGACCCGAGCGUCCCUGGGAAUCAUCGUAUACAUGCCGCCAGUAUAUUGGACUUGAUCUCCAUGGAGACCGUAAAGCUCCUAGAUGACCCGCGCUUCGAAGCCAGCGAGGCAGACACCAUUCGAUCCCGGUGCUUACAAUCCCUCUUAAAACAGUUAGAGUCCUUCGACGAGACCCCGGGUCGCAAGUAUGAUGGUGUGGAGCUGGAAAUCCAUAAGAGACUUCUCGAUGCUUUGGAAAGUAUGCUCAGUCACAGUGGAGAUUCUCUGAACAACUGCUGGCCGAUUGCUCUCGAAAUACUGGCAAUUUCGUUCGCAAAAAGGGGACGGGCACCACCACCGUCCUCCGAUCCACCAGCGGAACAAGCCGACAGUCAUGUGCAGACAGCCCAGAUACUGAGAGUUGCAUUCAGGUCUAUACAACUGAUCACCUCGGACUUCCUCGGUGUUCUCGAUCCUAACUCACUCGCAAAGUUGGCCCAGCUCCUGCGUCAAUUUGGCUCUCAGCAUUAUGACUUGAACGUGGCGCUGACAAGCACAACUGUUUUGUGGAGCCUCGCCUCUCAAGCUUUGUCAAGAAUCGAGACAAUCGAUCUCGCUUCUAUGCCAACUCUGGAUAGCCGGACAGAGUCAGUUGCCCGAAACUCGAACUCCUCUUCUGGGACAAUCUGGAGCGUCAUUCUGCUGCAGAUGAUGGAACUGUGCAAAGACGAGCGCGUAGAUGUUCGAAAUGCAGCCAUCAAAGUUCUUUUGAAGAUGCUUGAUGCCUCGAGCGAGGCUCUAAGCUCAAAUACAUGGGCAACCAUGCUUGAAGCUGGUCUAUUGGACACGGUUCGAUUUUGCAUCAUGCAGUACGCUGCCGACAAGAACGACCAGAGCGAAUGGAUGGCGUCAGCCGCUCAACUGACGGAGGGCAUCAUUCAAAUAAUAUCUCAGAAUCUAACGGUGAUCGCCAGACAUGAUGACUUUCGAAAUACAUGGCUUCGCACUAUGGACGUUUUAAAGUCUCUGUUAAGCACAAGCUCACUGGCUGCGUCUGCGUUAGCUUUCUCAAACCUGUCGAAGAUCGUUUCGGCACUCUCGGUGUUGGACAAUGCAGAUGAAGAGCUGAUGGUGCCUCCAAUGAAGCUAUGGGCAGACUACCAUCCUGCUAAGAUCGGACGAAACACUCAAUCCCCUCGUAUGCCCGGCGAAGAACCGCCAACAAAUCAACAGGCCCUCACUUCCCAUGCCAGUGUCUUUGUUGAAGCAUACAAGACGAGGCCUCUCGCCGUUUCGAACUAUAUACAAAGUCAGGCUCCGGUGUUAAUGGAUUCCAUCGAGUGCGGAAUUCUGUUAUGCGUGCAUCCGCCUUAUACGAAUGAUGUAAAAGCUCUAGCACCGGAACAAAAGGAGGCCUUGCAGUGUAUGGCGAUAUUGAAAACCCUCUCGCGAGACCAAGUGUCAGAAUAUUCCCAGUUCUUGCUCAGGAUGCUGAGCCUCACCCUGAAUAUCCAGGAAGGGCGAGUCGGAGCCCAGCAGAAAAAGUCUGCGAUUUCAAAAUCUGCGCAGAAGCCAACGUUCAUCGCCUUUGCGGCCACAUGUUUAGAUAACUUCCGGAAUUUGAUUCUGGAGUAUGCUGGGGACAAGGACUUCAUCCGCACCCUAGCCGUGCAAAGGGCGUGCCAGGUGCUGUCCGCUAUCAUCGACACGAAGUACACGAAGAUCCCGACCAACACUCAAGCACCCUUGUGGAGAAAUGCUACCGUCACCACCGUGGUCAUGCUCGAAGCUUUACAGAAGCAUAUGAGCAACAGAAGGUUACCAUCGGUCGUCCGUUCUUCUCAGCUGGACGGUCUGGCAGCAGACAUCACCUCGACCGCCGUCAGCAUCCUGAGCUCUGGAGGUCUCUCCAAUCCUCCUGGUCCAGAAUACAGCGAAGAGACAAUCCUCGAUGAUGAAACGUUCGAUAUCGACCACUUCCGGCUCCUCCACGAGGCCAUCGUCUCCAUUUUCCAGUCUUCACAAGAAAUCAAGGAAGAUGCGUGCAAGGAAUACUCCGCUGUCCUGUUCGAGGCUUCACUGCUCGCGAAGCCUUGGUUCUACGACAUUCCAGACGACCUUAAGAAGGACCCGUUGAAGGGCCUGCUCCAGACGAGACCUGGCAGUGUCCACCGACCCGUCUUUGCUGUGAGACGAAGAAUUUGCUACGCGGCGCUGGAUGCGCUAUUUGGGCUCGUUGCCCGGCAGAGACCCACGCAAACGCGCAGUGGUGACCAAACCGAUCAUAAUAUCAGCGACGAGUAUGGUUCCAAGAUGGCUUGUGCGGCGGCGCCCUAUCUCAUCCUGCGCGUGGCGCACCCCUCCAAGACGUUUCUCGCGGACCAGCGACUACGCGGUCUCACGCCGCCGCCCGAACCCCAGCAGGCGGAAUUGCAGGUCGUGCUCUCCAAGUUCGUCGAGUUGAGGAGCGACGGGCAGGCGAUCGCCAGGACGAUGAUGACGACGACGCGGGGUCUCGACGAGAAACCUCCCUCCCCAUUAGAGAACGGCCCUUCUCCUCACGCACCGGUGGUGGUGGUCGUCAGGGACGAUGACGACGACGGCAAAUCCCACCUUCGCAUCCUCUACGGCUUGAUGCUGCGUCUCCAGAAGUUCUGGCAGGGCCUGCCCCGAUUAAGAGGUCCCGGGGCACGGGCGUGGCAGGACGACGAGCCCGGGAAGGCCGUCGAGGCGGCGCUGGAGAGCUGGGCGAGGCUUGUGGGCGAGGAAUGGGGAUUUACGGGGUUUUGA